AAGAAAAUUGUUUUCUGCAAAAUUAUAAAUGGUGAAAUAAAUAAAAUUUUUAUAACUUGAAAUCAAUUAAAAAAACUUUUCAAAUGGAAUUGUCACAAAAUCCUCAGAUUUCUUUUGAUGAAAGAACAAAAGGAUUUGAUUUAUCAGCUGGCAAAACAUGGAUUUAUCCAGAAAAUUAUCCUGUCAGAGAUUAUCAGUUCAAUAUUGUUCAAGCAUGCUUAUACAAAAACACAUUAGUUUGUUUACCUACUGGAUUAGGAAAAACAUUUAUUGCUGCAGUUGUAAUGUAUAAUUUUUGGAGAUGGUACCCAUGGGGGAAAAUUAUAUUUUUAGCACCUACCAAACCAUUAGUUGCUCAACAAAUUUUUGCAUGUCACAAUACUAUGGGCAUACCUAGUGCAGAAACUAUUGAACUCACAGGAGCAAUUAGUCUCAAGAAACGAGAAAUAGCUUGGUCAAAAAAAAGAAUAAUAUUUGCUACUCCUCAAGUUUUUCACAAUGAUUUAAACAAAAAUAUUGUACCUAGUGAUUUAAUAAAAUGUGUAGUUAUAGAUGAAGCUCAUAAAGCUUUGGGUAAACACUCUUACUGUGAGUGUAUUCGCAUAUUAAGUGGAAAAAAUCAAAAUUUCAGAGUAUUAGCUCUUUCUGCUACACCAGGCAAUAAAAUUGAUAAUGUUCAUGAGGUAUUACAAAAUUUAUUAAUUGCUCACGUGGAAUUAAGAGAUGAAACUUCUUUGGAUAUUGUACCUUAUAUUAAUAAAAAAAAAAUCGAAAUAAUUUUAGUACCUCUUAAUAAUAAAUUGAUAGAAUACAAAGAGAAAUAUAUUUUUAUUAUGGAUCGUCAUGUUAAAAUUUUACUUCAGUAUAAUAUUCUUCGUGGACAAACUGCAAAUAUUUCAAAAGGAAGAGUCUUCCAUUUAUUAAAAGAAUUCCAAAAGAAAACAAAUAAAACAGGAAAUUAUGGACAAAUUAUAAAAACAUUAAAUAUUUUAAUGACAAUGUAUCAUGCUUAUGAACUUAUGAUUAGAGAUGGACUUAGAGCAUUUUAUAAAUUUUAUCAAAGCCAUUCUGAUAAAUUUUGGAUGAAUGAGGAACCACAAUUACAAAUAUUGCUUGAAGAUAUUAAAAUAUAUCUUGGCCCAUUUCCUGAUACAAAAAUUUUAUGUCAAGAAACUAUAAUGGAAAUACCCCAAAAUCUCAUAUUUGGACAUACGAAAUUCGAUAAAUUGAAAGAAUUGCUUAUAUAUCAUUUUAAAAAUAAUCAAAAAAAAGAAAAUAAUACAAGAGCUAUAGUUUUUGUUGAGUAUCGAGAUAUUGUAAGCGAAAUUUAUAUUCUAUUACUACAAUGCCAACCAUUAAUAAGACCCCAAAUGUUUGUUGGUCAAGCCGGGCAAAAACAAAAGCAACAAAUAAAAGCAUUAGAGAAUUUUAAAAAUAAUUAUGUUAAUGUUCUUAUAUCUACGAGUAUAGGAGAAGAAGGAUUGGAUGUUGGAGAAGUAGAUUUAAUAAUAUGUUUCGAUGUAUCUCAACAUUCACCGACGCGACUAGUGCAAAGAAUGGGAAGAACAGGACGAAAACGCGAUGGACAUAUAAUUAUUCUUGUUACUGAUGGAAAAGAACAUGAAACAUUAAAAUCUACAAUAGCUAGAAGAGAUUCUUUAAAUUAUAAAGUAUUAAAUACGAAUAAUAUUUUCUCUUCACUUUAUCAAAACAAUCCACGUAUGAUUCCCGAUAUCUUAAUUCCAGAAUGUUUAAAAAUGCAUAUUAGCAUACAACCAAAGACUCCUGUUAUAAAAUAUAAAAACAGAAAAAGAGAGGCAAAUAAUAAAGAAAAGAAACAUCAAAAUAUCAUAAAAAAAAAUGAAUUCAAUUUAGUAUCGAAGAAAAACGAAACUAAAUUUUUAAUGAUGAAAUAUUUGAAAGUUGAAGAAAACAAAGAAUCUUCUAAAUAUAAUUAUGGAAUUCUUAAUUUUGAGGCAAUUCAAAAUAUUAAUAAUCAUAACACUACUAAAUUAUCAGAUGUGAAAAUUCUUUCUUGUGACAAUCAUGCAGUUGAUUUCCUUACAAUAUGUGCUUUGAAGAUUUCUGCAAGAGAAGAAAAUAUAAAAAACAAAUGUAAAAUUAAUAAAUCUUAUGUACCUAAAUCUUCUUUUGUUAAAAAUUUUGUGGAUUUUACAAUACCUGAUAUUAAAGUUCUUAAUUGUUUAAUUACACUGAACGAUAUUAUUCCUUAUAAUUAUGACAAAAAUAAAUCAAAUAAUGAUAAUGAAAAUGACAAUUGGAAUAAUUCGCAUAAUGAUGAAUAUAUAGUUAAAAAUAAAAUAACAUCAACAGAGAUCGUUGAUAAGUAUCAACAUCAAAAAUCAUCUUCCAAGUUUGAAGAUUUACUUGAUGAUAGUAAUAAAUCAAAUGAAACUGAUUUAUCAGAUAAUGAGGAAAAAAAACUAGAGAAUAGCAUUAUGUAUUCUACUUAUUCUUCUUCAAGUGUUUCUAAGCAAUGUAUAAAAAGCAAUCUGUUAGAAUCAGUCAGAGCAGGAAAUACAAAUAACAUAUUACAAAGUUCAAUAUCUGAUAAAUUUGAAGAUAUAUUGAAUGAAAUAUCUGAUGAUUCUGAAAUCAAUUAUACUGAAAAUUUUGAACAAAAUUUGAUAAAAAAUAUUGACAUUAAAAACGAUGAACAAAUAAAAAAUUUUUCUAAUAUUACGGAAUUAGAUAAUAAUUUUAGGUUAAAAAAUGAUUUGCAAAAAGAAAUUAAAAUAAAUAAUUUUUCUUCAAUUCCAAUGGAUCAAUAUAAACAUAAUUUUGAAUAUUUUGAAGAUUUAAAUGAAACUACUAAUAUGCCAAAAUUUAUUCAAAAUGAAUUUCAAAAUGAAUAUACUUUUAAUGAAAAACAAACAAUUGAUGAAAUAGUUCGAUUAAAUUCAAAUUCAAUCCUUUCAAAGAUCAAUGAAUCAGAAGAUGAUAUAUUUCAAGACAAAAAUUUUUUAUUGCAAAUCGAUAAUCAAUCAAAUUUUGAUGAACAAAUAAAUAAUUCGAUUGAUUAUAAAGAUGAAAAGAAUUUUAAUAAGAUAGAAAAUUUAAAUAAUCAAAAAAAUAUAAUUAACACAGAAUUAGAAGUGGAAGAAUAUGAUUGGGAUGAUGAUUUUAAAGUUUCGACUGAUACUGUACAAAAUUAUAUAAAAUUCGAUACAUUUGAAGAAAAACAAAAUAACGAGAAAUUAAAAAUUGAAAAUAAUAUGGAAAGAUGUGAUCUAAAUAAUAAAGAAUGGAUUUCAAUCGAAAAGUCGAAAAAUAUUUCAAAACAAAACGCUUCUCAUAUGACUAUAGCAAAUAAAUUAGCGAAUGUAAGAAAAAGGAAUUCGAAUUAUAAUUAUUUUAAUAAUGAUUCUAUGAAUAAAGAUAAUUCUAAAAAUGUUUAUCUUUCAACUGUAAAAGAAAAAAAAUAUAUUUCCUUCAUUAAUAAAUCAAAAAAUAAGAAGAAAUAUGUAAGUCAGAAAAAAGAAACAGAAUAUUCUCGAAAACAUAAUCAUAAUCGAAAAUUGAGAAAAACAAAAAAUGAAUUUAUAUUGGAGGAAGCAGAAGUUUCUUCGAAUAGUGAGACGACAAAUGAAAGUUGUGAAACCGAUGAUGAUCUCAAAGAUUUUAUUAGUUAUACGCAAAAUAUACAAGAUACAUCUGAUAUAUAUGUUCAUUAUUUACAGAGUACUAAAAGUCCAGUUAAUAGACAAAAUUUUCUUUUGAAACAACAAUGCACACUGAAUUCUAAUAUAGAUAUAUAUUCACAACCUAUAACUCAAAACGAAUCCUACAUAAAUGAUUCGUUUUGCGUAACGGGAGACGAAACUGAUAAGGAAAUUACUCGAGACAAAGAAUUGUCCGAACUAGAAAAAGCGGAAAAAAAACUUAAAAGGCAAAAACGAAAACGCAUUAGAGAUAAAGAAUUAAGUCGUUAUAGGAGAAUUAAUAAGAGAAGAAAUAUAAUAAAUUAUUUUAGCACCAGUGAAGAUGAGACUGAAAAUUUGCGCAAACAAAUAAAGGACGAAUCGUUAUUAAAGCGAUCAUGAAAAAAAUAAAUCAAGUUAAUUUUAAAAAUCUAUCAUUUAUAUAAUUUAUAAUAAUAAUAAAUUGAGCAUUUUCUU